GUUUGUUUGGCCGCCACUGCUGUGAUCAUUGAUGAGUGAUGUCUGGAUUGUGUUGAGUACUAAGACUGGUUGGAAGCGAUUGCCAGACCAGUGGUGACAAUGACAACAGUGUUGAUGAUAGCGGAGAAGCCAUCGUUGGCCCAAUCGUUGGCUAUAAUCCUGUCUAAUGGGCGACAGAAGAGUCGGAAGGGACUGAACAACGCCUGCAAUGUUCACGAAUACUACUCUUCAUUCAGAGGACACAAAGAGGUUUUGUUCAAAUUCACGUCAGUUUGCGGUCACGUCUUCUCCACGAACUUCACCUCCAAAUACAACAAUUGGGACAAAACGGAUCCAAAGGAGCUCUUCGACUGCCCCACCAUCAAAGAGGAGGCGAAUCCGAAGUUGAAUUUAAUUAAGUUUUUACAGAAAGAGACUGUAUUUCGGGCCAAAUUCAGUGCAAUCACUGACAAGGAUAUUAAGGCAGCCAUGAAUUCACUGAUUCUUCCCAACGAAUUGGAAUCACUUUCAGUGGACGCCCGACAAGAACUCGACCUCCGGAUCGGCUGUGCAUUCACUCGAUUUCAGACCACAUUUUUUCACGGAAAGUACGGAGAUUUGGACAGUUCUCUCAUAUCGUACGGCCCGUGUCAGACACCGACUCUUGGUUUCUGUGUCGACCGACACGACAAGAUUCAGACUUUCAAACCCGAGCCGUAUUGGGUUCUCUGUGUUUCGGUGCGUUCGGCCAACAAUGAGUCGGCACAAGCGAUGGCACUGGAGUGGGACAGAGGGCGGGAAUUCAAUCAAAACAUCGCAAAGUCUUACUUGAAUUCAGUGAAGUCGAAGUCAAGAGCAAAACUCGUCAAAAUGUCGACCAAAGAGAAGACGAAGCCUCGACCUAACGCUUUGAAUACUGUGGAACUGUUGAAGAUCUGCAGCUCAGGGCUCGGCAUUGGUCCGCACACAACGAUGCAAAUCGCUGAACGACUUUACACACAGGGAUAUAUCAGUUAUCCGCGAACCGAAACCACUCAAUAUCCCAGUAAUUUUGAUUUAGUAUCGACUCUAAGAUUAAUGUCUUCGAGCAAUGAUUGGGGACAAGAGGUUAAAUCGCUUCUUGAGACGGGAAUAUCGAGACCGAAAUCAGGUCACGACGCGGGAGACCACCCGCCCAUCACUCCCAUGAAGAUCGCACAACAGCACGAAUUGGGCGAUAGAGACUCAUAUCGUAUAUACGAAUACAUUUGCCGCCACUUCAUAGCCAGCGUUAGUGCAGAUCUGAGGUACGAUCAAACGACACUUGCCUUCGCCAUCGGAUCCGAAACCUUCUCCAAAGUGGCCUCAAUUGUGACCGAUCCUGGGUUUACACGCUUUAUGUCCUGGCAUUCAAUACCAAACGAUGCAAAAUUGUCGUCAAGUCUUAGAGUUGGCGACGAAUUCUUGAUAACUGACGCAAAACUAUCCGAACGGAUGACUACAGCGCCGGACUAUUUAACGGAAUCGGAGGUGAUAUCAUUGAUGGAAAAGCACGGCAUCGGAACCGAUGCUUCAAUUCCAACGCACAUUAAUAACAUAUGUCUAAGAAAUUAUGUUAAAAUCGCUUCCGGAAGACGUCUUAUCCCAACACAAUUGGGAAUAGUGUUAGUCCACGGAUACCAGAAGAUUGACAGCGAUCUCGUUUUGCCCACCAGUCGGGCAGCCCUUGAGAAACAGCUCAACGAGAUAUGCGCCGGAAGAGUCGACUUUCAAAUAGUUCUCAACAAAACUAUUGAUGAAUUCAAAAAUAAAUUCGUGUAUUUUGUCGAAAGAAUCCCUCAAAUGGACGAACUCUUUGAAGUCUGUUUCUCUUCUUUGGCUGAUUCAGGAAAACCUAUUUCAAGGUGUGGUAAAUGUCGGCGAUAUCUGAAGUUAAUCGCCGCCCGACCUCAACGAGUCUAUUGCGCGACUUGUAAUGAGACGUAUUCUAUCCCUCAAAACGGAAACAUCAAGACAUAUAAGGAGUUGCGCUGUCCUAUCGAUGACUUCGAACUCCUCUAUUUCUACAAAACUGGUACUUCCGACAAGAGUUUUGUCUUAUGUGUCCACUGUUUCAAUAAUCCUCCCUUUGAAUCGAUGGCCAAAUCUUCGGGUUGUAAUCAGUGUCCGAACGAAGAAUGCAAGCAUUCAAUGGUUUCAAACACUUUGACCGAAUGUCAGAACUGUAAAUACAAUGGAGUGCUUGUAUUGGAUCCGGGAUCAGGUCCUCCCACGUGGAAGAUUGCGUGCAAUAAAUGCAAUUUCUCAAUGUCUGCAUUCAAAGACGCACAGAAAAUAACGAUUGAGACCCAGUUGUGUGAGACAUGCGGUCGGAAGUUGUGCUCAAUUGAGUACAAAGCGGACAAAUCUCGUCUCAAAGAUGGAUCUCUUCUAUUCCACGGCUGUGUUUGGUGUUCAACAGAAUACUCUUCAUUAGUACAGGCAAUGAGUCGACUACAGGUCAACACAGCCAACAGAGCCAACGGAUCUGAUGGCAGACCACAGUAUCAAUUGGACGGAAACAGUGGUUACAGCGGGAGUCGAGGCGGUGGACGAGGAAGGGGUCGGGGAAGAGGUCGCGGAAGGGGUAGAGGCAGAGGCGGUGGAAGAGGCAGAGGACGUGAUCGAGACAGAGAUGACGACGAGUACUCACAUUCUGCUCCAAAGGGCGCAAUGACUCUCUCAGACUUCCUCUAA